AUGGAAGACAUCGCAGAGGGAGCCCGCCGCGUGCCUAAUUACAUCGAGAACAAUGGCUCAGAGGAUACAUACAUCACGGGAUAUAUCCAUGCGGUCCGCCAGUUCGCACUCAACGCCCAACGGGGAGACGGCCAGGGGAUGACCACGUGGCGCGACUUCCGAGCCAGAGACUGGCAGCGCGGCUUGGCCAAGGCUGCGGCACCGAAUACCCGCAGCAACGGCACGUCAUCUCCAGGGGUACCGGAAAUCGAGCUUCGCGAAGACCGAGUGGUAAUCGUGAAGGUCGGCCCGAAUCGUGAACAGAUUCGCGGACUCACGCCGCGGGAGCUGGUCGAACGGGCAGAACGUCAAAAGACGACUAGUGCUCGACAGAAGAAUUCUAUAGCCCUAGCGGGAGGGGCUGCCUUCGUCGUAGCUCGAAAACUGCCAUCAGGCGAUGUGGUGAUGGUGGCCAACAGUGCCGCCGGGGCUGAGCUCCUUCGUAAGUAUCCUAAGUGGUUGAGUGCAUUCGGGCCUGGCUCGGUGAUCUAA